AAGUUCAUUCAAAUUACUAAACUGGCCAUAUUUUCCCGCACAAAAACACUUUUCGGUUUCCGCCUUUUCUUUUCAUUUCUAUGUUAUCAUCCUCACAUCCACUCUCCCAAGAUGCAAUUCAAAUUCAAACCCUAGCUGUCAAUUCCAUAAUCCUUUCCAGUUCUUUCAAUUCCCACUCCAUCAUGGCCUCAAAUCACCAGAUCGUUGACGACUCUUGCAACACGGAGACUGACGAGGAAACUAUCGCUUUCAGGAAGAAGCGUUCAAGGCGCGUGAGCUUCGCUGACCGUGAGAUCACCUCCGUUCACAUAUUCAACCGCGACGAGGACUGUGAGACUCCUCCAGACUCUUCUGUUAAGAACCUGAGCUCCGGCAAUGCCUCCGAAGCAGAGAAUGAGGUGCUAGGGUUUUUCAGGGACCUCGCUGAUAGUGAUGCUGAUGAUUCCAAAGAAAUGUCUCCAAUUGGAGAUAACGACUACGAUGACGACACUGUAAAUGGGAGGAAGUCGUUUCUGAGGCCAAUUGAGUCACCGUCUCCUGGAAGUACUAUAGUUGGGUCUGCUACUUCGAAUGACGAAGACAACUUUUUUGGGCCUGUAUCAGCAAGUUUUAUCAGACCUGGGCGAUUGUCUGAUUCUGCUGCUUCAGAUGAUAAUCAUGAUCUUACAAUGGAUUCCACAGCAUUUUCAAUGCAUUUCCGUAGUCUUGCAAGGUCAGAUUCAGGAGGAAACACUCUCGUAGAAAAAACACCUUCCCACAUAUGCACUCCUUCUGAUUCUGGGAGUUUUAUGGUACUAACAAAAGCUAAGAAGCUAAUUCCACAAGUUUCUCUUCCUUUUGAUAAAAAUAGUGGUGGAAGAGAUUCAAAUGCAAUGAGUCUUGUUGGAGAAAGCCCACAUAAUUAUGAUUAUGGGAAACUUUCUCCUACGCUUGAAGCACUUUUGGCAGAAGGCAGCAAAAAUUUGCAAGAUUCCUCUGUUUCUGAUUAUAACAACAAAAAAUCAUUGCAGAGGAGUGAGCUUUCUACAUUUGAUGAGAAUUUUAGGGGCUGCAAAGAUGAAAAAGAUUACAUGGAUAAAGAAACAAGCAAUAUUGUUAAGCUAGACACAUAUACUGAGGGAAUAUCUGCAGCUUACAUGGAAUUGGAUGAGAUGAAUGGUAUUUCCUGGACCUCCCCUGUUGAUCAGAGUAUUAGUGGUCGCUCAUCUCAUAGAAAUGAAAAUUUGGCAGCUGAUGUAUCUGUUGAUCAGCAAAUUCAAACUCCUAAUCAUUUAAGCAAAGUGAAUGAUGACCGCACUAAAGCUCUGAUUACAAUGAAUAUGCUUAAUGUAGAGCUCCCUGCUGUUACUGGUGAUUGCUUCCCGAGUAUGGACGGUAAGGUUCUUCAGUGUAAUGCAUGUUCACAUGAUGAAUCAAAAAAAGAUUCAAUUGAGGGCUUCUUGGAAGAGACUUCUCCUAACAAUAGAAGAGUUAAUUAUGCUGUUUAUCAGAAUUCUGGUCAGCAGCAUAGAUCUCCAGCUGUUGAGUCCACAUCCUCAUUGUCUGCUAAACAGCGGCAAAUGUUUUUGGAUGCUGCUAAAUCCUGCAGGCAAUUGUCAUAUGUGACUCCUUCCCCAAAACAACCAGGUUCCUUUUUUGGCAAGGAAAAUAUAAGGAGCAGCGAGAAUAUUUUGCCUUUCAGAAGUAGUCCUAAUUUCAAAGUUUUUGAGCCUUCUCCCCUUGCAUAUUCAUUGAAAAAUGGAAUUGAAAAAUCAAGACUUAGGUUAUCAAAGCUCCGAUCAUCUACAAUGUCACCUCUCAAUGCUGUUGGUGAAGAAAACUGCAAAGACAUUAAUGGAAUAAAAAUGGAUGCCAUGGUCACUAAUUUAGAAAAACAUUUAAGUAGUGUCGAUCAGAAUAACAUAGAUCGCGAGACUACAAACUGUAUGGAUAUUGCCGGUGUAUGGGACCCAAAGAAUGAUGGCAGUUUGAGUGAAAAGGAGGGAACUAUGAGUCUUGGAGAGGAAUCAGAAACUCUGAUUCCUAUGUCUACACCUAUUCUUUCCAAGGAGGGAGACUCUCAAAUGAUGUCAGAAGUGGCUUCCCCUUCUCAGUUCACUUCAUUGCAGAACAAAGUCCGUCAACAUAUUCUGACACCAGAUAACUCCAAAAAACAGGCAAUUGCUUUUGGAUAUGAUUCCCCAUCAGUUAAUAUUAAACUGGAUCAUGGCAAUGAUGUGAAAACAAGCAGACAACCUGGUAAGUUUGUUCCUCCAACCAAAAUGUUGGAUCAGAGGCUAUCCUCAUUAACAGAAAAUCAUAGCAGUGUCUCUCAAGACCUUCAGAACACUGAGCCUGUUAGCAUUGGCUUAGGACAAGAUAAGAUUUCAUUAUCUAACAUUACAAGCAACAACUAUUCCUCUGCUUUAACUGACGAACCAGAAUCCUGUUUUUCUGAAGAGACAAAGCCGUCCACCUCUUCCCUUACAGAGGUUAAUGAUGUUGGAUACUCUGAUCAAGUGGAAAAGGGGCAUGACAGGAAAAGGAACCCUCCUAGUCUGCAAAAUGCAUCUGAAGCCUUACCAGAUUUAGGAACUCCUUUUAAGGAGAGGAAUGCCCUGAAUUUUCUCUCCGGAAUGGCAUAUCAGAAUAUACCUUGUUCGACUGGUCCAAUCUAUUCUGAAAAGAAACUUCCUGGGGAACUGAAUGAAGCUUCACUUACUGCCUCAGGUUCCGUCCACAUUCAUCAGGGAAAUGUGAAUGAGACAUCAGUUAUGAAGAGCCCUUUCAAGAAAGUGAUGACUCCGUGUCCCAUUAAGGAGCAAUCUCAAAGUCCAUCCAGGAAGGAACUAUGUAAUUUGUCAAAUGAUGAGAAUGCACAGUCCUUGCAUGGGAAAAAUAUACAGUCUCCAAAUCAUAGCAUACCUGGUGGUAGGGAUUGCCAUCUUGAACUCCAUAUUUCACAAAGCCAAAUUCCUGCACAAGAUACUGAAAAUUCUUCUCUGCGGAAAAGAAGAAUUGAAGAAUUAGUUCCUGAGGAUGGAUAUCAUGGAGAUGCAAUUAGGAGCACCAAGAGCCGUCCAAACAUUCACAAGAGCCAGGGUUCUAAUUUUGAAUUCAUGUUGCCAUGUGAUAGCGGAAGUGAUGAUGAAAGAAAGAUGACCGGAACUGACACAACAACAAAGCUUUGGAGUGAUAUUUUGCUAAAAUUCUUGAUAGAUACACAGCAGUUGUUCUCUCCAACUAUAGAUAAACUAAAUAUAAUAUCGAUAGGUGUUCUGCAAGAUAUUUUGGUUCACCAGGAGAAGAUUAAGUUUUAUGAGAUACUCUGUAACCAAAUACAGUGUCAGAAAAUGUGUGAUCAGUCCAGUGAAGUUAGGCAUAAAAGAGUAGCUGAAACAAAAAUGUUGCUAUAUAAGUUAGCAUAUGAAAGGGCAAGGCAUCAAUUAAGUUCUGUCAAGCAUAAGAAAUUACUGAAAAGGGCACAUGAAAUGAGUUCUGCAAUUCAUAGGUCUGAGAUGCUAAAGUCAAAUCAAAGAUUUUUAAUCGUGCCUAGUUACAAGGAUACCACGGUUGAUAAUCUUAGAAAUUCAUGCGCAUCUAAUUUGGACUGCAAACAUGAGGUUUCUUGGGAAAAAGUGGCCACAAAGAAGCAUGAGUGUGAAGUUUUAGAUAGGAAAAUAAAGAAUCUAACAAAGUCUUUCCAGAAUUACUUCAAAAUGAAGGGAGAACCAAGCUGUUCUGAGACAAUUGUACUGCUUAAUGAUCUCCUGAAGAAGAAAACCUCUUGCAGGCUUAUACACAAGGAUUUGCAGUUGUGGGAAGUCGAUGAUUUUGGGAGCAGGAAUGGGAAACAAAAUAUUGUUCUCAACUACCUAGGCUUAAUCUCCGAAAGAUUGGUAAUAAAUGAUGGUCCUAUUCCUAAUAUACUUGUCACAAAUGCAUUGAAUGACAUUAUCAUUGCAAAGAUCUUUCCAAACAUGGAUGCUUGCGUGGCAUUUGCAUGUGUUCUAAAUGCUAAGAACACAAGAAAGUAUGUUGGAUCCAAAAGUUUUGCCCAAGAAACACAAAUUACCUGUUCACUACUACAUAAUCUACUUGAUGUGGUUGGAGAAGUACAAUUAGCACAAUUAGAAAUUAGAAAUGUGGUCCAGACAUGUUUUCGUUCUUCCUCUGUUGAGCAGCUGGAUUUGCAGCUUUGUUUCAUUGACUUUAACAAUGGUAGGAAGGUGAUGGUGACUCUUGACAUGACUUGUUUGAAAUGUGGGAUUUAUCCUUCAGACAUCUUUCCAUAUCAGUUCCAAGCUUAUUUUUCUGGGAAGUCCACGCCGCUCCAUGAGUCACUAUCAGCUAAAAUAAAAGUUGCAGUUGAUGGUCUUCGAGUUGGGCAUUCAAGGAUUAUAAGGCUUUGCAGGUGUAUUUCCCAGGUGCUGCAAUCCUCAAGCACAUGACCAGUGAGAUCUGUUGCCUUUAAUUCAUAUUUAGGCGCAGUUCUCAUUUUCUUGUAUUCAUAAUGCUAAUAACUAUCUCGUUUAUCUCUUUGCUUUGAUGGAUUAGAGUUGUACUUCUCAAUGAAUUCUGCAGUGAGGUUCACAUUGAUAUCUAUUGAUAAUUGUACUUCUGAUGCA